AUGCGUCGUCUGGUGCCCCCACAGCGUGUACUGCUGGCGACGAUGUCGUGGCAGCAGCAGCGGCGAUGGGAGUUCUGCAGGGACAAGGCAGCCGAUGGUGAAGGUGCAUCAGCAUCAGCGUCCUCGCCGAGACGGAGAAAAAUGUCCCCUGCAGCGGCGGAGCUGUCGCGGAGCGAAGACGUCUCCAAGCGUGAGGAGAGGCUUGACAUUGAGCGGCACUUUCCCACGGCUAUGUCUCACAUAAAGGCACCCCUAGUGAGUUCGUACGUGGUGGACGAAGGAAGGAAACGAAAGUGGAAGGAGGCUACAUGUGUUGUGAACGCCGACGGCUAUGCACCCGCCAAAGAGGACACGGAUGCCGCCGCUUCUUUUUUCAACGAGGGCAGUCUGGAUAUUCGUGGGGGACCACAGAAGCGAGGCACCCGCGAGAGAGUGCCAUCACGGAGAGAAUCAGCUUCACCGGAUGUGCUUCAGCUUUCGGCAGGCAACGCUAGGCAACACGGACUUGCGCUUGCGGAGGAGAGUAACGUCUCCCCUGCCGACCCCACCAUUGAGCCGGAGGGUGAGGAGGGGCAAGGUGCCUCCGGUGACACCCCCGUGCAACUCACAGAUAUGCUAAAGGAGAGGUUAAUGGAACUCAAAGCUGAAAAAUUGCGCGAGGAUCGAAAUGACACCUACUUGCCGCGUCGUCUGCGAUUGCUGUCCGACCACGAGGUAGAAAAACAGCUUGAAGAGAAGACAACGCAAAGAAAACUUGCUGUGAAAAUAAGAUCUGCUGCGUCAAACCUCACGUCAACAACCUUGGCGGAUUUGGAUAAUGAAGAUAUUGGAAGGGGCGAGAAGGGCGUUGACCAGUUGAUGAGGGCAGCAGAUGCAACAAAUAAUACUGUAGCUAUGGGGACCAUUUUUCGAAGGUCAGCCGACUUCAUUCCUGGUGAAACCUCAUACGACCCGCUUGCAGACUUUGCAAAGGAGUCUCUCAACAUUGGCAUGGAUCGACCGAGCACUUUGAGUGGCUCCGUGCACCUUCUUCGUUGUUUGCCGCGUUCAGGUUUCUGUAGCCGACGGGAGGCACUUGCUAUCAUUGCCAGCGGCCAAGUGCGUGUAGAUAAUGUGGUGGAACGCAACCCAUUUCGUCUUGUUCGAGCAGAAAACAACAUCCAUAUAGAGUCUCAUAGUGGUCGCCUUCGCUUCGCCCCGCCGCGUCUCUGGAUGUACCACAAACCAGCCUAUGUUAUCGUAUCUAGAAAUGAUGUGGCAGGUCGCACUCUCAUCACUAAGCAUGCCCGUAUACUUGGUAUGGAUCACCUUGUCCCUGUGGGAUCACUUCCAAUGCGGUCUCAUGGAUUGCUGCUUCUCACCAAUGACGGUGAACUCUCACGCCUUUUGGAGAAUCCAAAAACGAUGAUUCAACAAACGUACCUGCUUCGUGUUCGUCCAGCCAUCGAUCCGGUGCUGGCGCAUAAAUUGAACACGGAAGGUAUCUUGGUGAAUGGGAAACGGCACGGAAACGUGGAGUUUUUUGUUAAUCCGGCCAUGAAGUCACGGUAUUCUUUGAAGGUAAAAGUAAGAGGCGAGACGAUGCCAAUUUCACACUUAAUGCAGCACCUGGGACGAACGGUGGAGCGUGGUGGCCGCAUUUCUUUUGGUCCAUUCUCAAUGAGCGGUCUCCCAGUUGGUUCCAUCCGCGAGGUAACGAUACCGCCGUACUACAUGCGGCAUACUGGGGCUGUUUGGAAGGAGUUUAUUGAGCGUGACUGGCCCUUUUUUCGUCGACAACGGGUCUCUCGUUUACGCCGUUUAAGCCGCUACCGUGAGCUGACUCCAAAGGAGUUGGAGGAGUUGGACAAUUUCACAUACGAGGAAAUUAAAGAUGCCCUGAGUUUUGAAUCGCAAGAAUUAAAGGCGGCAUCUGAAGAACAACUGCAGCGCAUGUCCAUUCGCCCCACUUUGGAUGAACAGCCUUUACAGAACGACUUUGGAGGUGUUGACGUGGAUUCUAACUGCGCUCUUCCAGAAGAAGACGAAAUCAUGGAAGAUAUUACCGCCGUAAUAUGA